ACGAAGAUGAGGCUUGUGAUGACAUUUGUGCUAGCAGCGCGGUAGGAGAAGUUACCACUCCGCAGGGAAACUGUAGCUACCACCGCAGAACUGGAGUAAACUGCUCAUGUCGUCUUUGGCGAGCGCGGAGCGACGGGCGUUCGCUCUGAAAAUUAACAGACACUCGUCUGCUGAGAUCAGGAGACACUUCGGUGGGAACUAUGGGUCCCCCCAGGUCUCCAAGCAACAUAGUCGUCACAGCUCCAUCGCAUCAGUCUCCACUUGCUCCACCGUGCCCCAGUCGUAUGACGCGGUGGAGCCCUUGGACCUGGAAGAGUUUCUGAUGUCACAGCUACGGAGUGGAGACUCCGCCCUCAUGCAGGAGCUUGGAGAUUUCCCCGACGACGACCUGGAAGUAGAACUGGUGGAGAAGGAGUGUCGGACCGUACGCCACUCUAUACCGGAAGAGGGGGUGGAGUUGGAUUCCCAUGUCAGGGACUGUGUUCAGAGUUACACCCAGCCCUGGCUGAUGGUCAGCAGGAGGUGCCAGGGAGAUAGUUGGAGUGCAUAUUCGGAGCGGGCAAGUCUACACAAAACUCUGCAGAAACAGACAUUUGAGUCUGACGUCCAGCCAGAGAAACUAGAGACACCGGUGAAGUCCCCGUCCCUGGCGGUACUGAGUGAUGACUCCAGCAGGACCCUGACCUCCUCUGACUUUGACCUCCGCUCUGGUCUGACCCCUGACCCCAGAGUGGAGGGGCUGCUGCACUUCAGUAACCAUGACGACCUGGACAGGUUCAACCAGGAAGCCCGGCAGGGGAACCGCCACCCUGAGCUGUUUGCCCUGUACCCACCCGCCGACGACGAUGAUGCAGUGGAGAUCCGGCCCAUUCCCGACUGUCCCAAAGAGCACAUGGGCGACCGGAUCAUCAUCCGGUGUCAGGCCAUCAAGUUUGAGAUUGACAUUGAACCACUGUUUGCUACCCUGGCUCUGUACGACCUGCGAGAGAAGAAAAAGAUAUCCGAGAACUUCUACUGUGAUCUGAACUCAGACCAGUUUAAAGGGUUCCUGAAACCCCACACGCCACAGACGGACCACUCCACCCUCUCCCGAGCAGCCAUCUUCUCCAUCACAUACCCCUCCCCAGACAUCUACCUGGUCAUCAAGAUAGAGAAGGUGCUGCAGCAGGGAGAGAUCAGUGACUGUGCAGAACCAUACAUGGUCAUGAAGGAGACUGACUCAGCAAAGAACAAGGAGAAGCUGGAGAAGCUGCGUAAUCAGUCUGAGAUGUUCUGUCAGAGACUUGGUCGCUACCGCAUGCCCUUUGCCUGGGCUACAGUCAACAUCAUGAACGUCAUCAGCACCGCCACACUGGACCGAGACACCACCGACUCUGACAGCCUCAACGGUAAAUCCAGCAGUCUGGAAAAGAGAAGUCAGUUGCCCAGGAGGAACUCAGAGAGGUUCGGUACCAUGGAAGACCAGUGUAACAUGUCUGCCUUCAAACCUGCUACCAUCACCAUCAGCACCUUCUGCAAGCAGGAGGGGGACCGUCUCAGUGAUGAGGACUUGUUUAAGUUCCUGGCAGACAUCAAGAAGUUCUCAUCCCUGCAGAGAAGAAUUAAAACCAUACCAGGUACAAUAAGACUGGAUGUGACUCCGGUCCAUGACAACCCAGUGGCCUGUCUGUCUACUGAGCUGAUCCCAGUCAAACCACUGGCUGAGAAGAACGUCCGACCUGUCAAAGAGGUUUUGGAGUUCCCCUCCAGCGAGGUCUAUGUUCCACACAGCACUUACAGGAACCUGCUCUAUGUAUACCCCCAGCGACUCAACUUUGUCAACAGGCUGACUUCAGGAGGAAGGAAUAUCACUAUUAAAAUCCAGUUUAUGAGUGGAGAAGACCCCAGCUGUGUGAUGCCUGUCAUUUUUGGAAAAUCGAAUGGUCCUGAGUUUGUGCAAGAAGUAUAUACCCCAGUCACGUACCAUAACAAGUCUCCAGACUUCUAUGAGGAGGUGAAGAUGGCUCUGCCUGCCAGGCUGACUGAGAGACACCACCUGCUGUUCACAUUCUACCACAUCAGCUGUCAACAGAAACAGAACCAGACUGGAGCCAGUGAGGCACUCAUAGGUUACUCUUGGCUGCCUAUACUGAGUACUGACAGGCUACAGACUGGUCAGUACUGCCUCCCCAUCGCCCUGGACAGAUUGCCUGUCAACUACUCACUGCACUCACCUGAGAGGAUUACCCCUCAGGUUCCUCCAGUCAAGUGGAUGGAAAGUCACAAAGGAGUUUUCAACCUGGAGAUACAGGCUGUGUCCUCAGUACACACACAGGACAACCACUUGGAGCGUUUCUUCACAUUGUGCCAUGCCCUGGAGGGGGGAGUGACGUUCCCGCUCCGGGUUCGGGAAGAGAAGAUUCCGGAGAACAAGCUGGAACACGAGCUGAAGCUGAGCAUCAUCUCCCUGUCGUCCUCCAGACUGGAACCUCUGGUCCUCUACCUCCAUCUGGUCUUAGAUAAACUGUUCACCCUCAUCAUGCAGCCCAUGGUCAUCGCUGGACAAACAGCCAACCUGGCCCAGAUAGCGUUUGAGUCAGUGGUGUCAAUCGUCAACAGUCUCCACAACAGCCAGGAGCUGGCCAGGGACCAGCAGGGCAGGAACGGUCUCCUAGCAACAUACCUGUACUGGGUGUUCCGUCUGCCUGACUCCAAUGAGCUCCUCAACACAGGUCCAGGGGGUGUGGUACCUCCCACUGAGGGCCGCUACAGUACUAUGGGGCGGGCCUCAGCCACCACAGUAGGAACCAUGUUACUGCAGUCCCGGAUCCGCAGCAGCAGCAACCCUGAUAUCCCUGCCCCACACAGUGCAGAAGACACAGAAGUCAAAAACAUCCUGUCAGCUAAGGGCCAGAACAACCCAGGCAGUCGUAUGUCGACCUAUGUGGAUGUGAGCAGCCACCCUCAGAGCUCUACGGGCGGGACCCGGCCCUCCAACAGAAAACAGUUCCAUGAGGAGUUAGCUCUACAGAUUGUGGUCAGCACAGGAGUCUGCAGAGAGAACGCAUAUAAAUAUGCCUGGUUCUUCUUUGAACUGCUGGUGAAGAGCAUGGCCCAGCAUGUGUCUCAGCUGGAGAAGCAAGACGUCCCUCGCAGGAGCCGCUUCUCAGACCGCUUCAAAGAUGAUGUCACAACUAUCGUCUCCGUGCUCUCUCUCUCUCUCUCUGUGGUCUCUCUCUCUCUCUCUCUCUCUCUCUCUCUCUAUCUCUCUCUUUCUCUCUCUCUCUCCCUCUCUCCUCCCCGUAUCUCUCUUCUCUCUCUCCCUCUCUCCUCCCCUGUAUCUCUCUCUCUCCCUCUCUCCUCCCCUGUAUCUCUCUCUCCCUCUCUCUCCUCCCCUGUAUCUCUCUCUCUCUCUCUCUCUCUCUCUCCCUCUCUCCUCCCCUGUAUCUCUCUCUCCUCCCCCGUAUCUCUCUCUCUCUCUCUCCUCCCCCGUAUCUCUCUCUCUCUCCUCCCCCCGUAUCUCUCUCUUCUCUCUCUCUCUCUCUCUCUCCUCCCCCGUAAUCUCUCUCUUCUCUCUCUCCUCCCCCGUAUCUCUCUCCUCUCUCUCCUCCCCUGUAUCUCUCUCUCUCUCCUCCCCCGUAUCGCUCUCUCUCUCUCUCUCUCUCUCUCUCUCUCUCUCUCUCCUCCCCCGUAUCUCUCUCUCUCUGUGGCCUCUCUCUCUCUGCAGAGCUCCAGUUCAUGUAGUUUCCAGGAGCAGAGGAUCCUGGGGCUGUUUGAGCUGUCCCAGGAGUUUAAACAGCAGCACUACCUCGCUGGUCUACUGCUCACUGAGCUCAGCGCUGCACUGGACAUGGAGUCAGAGGGGGGUAAGGUCCAGAGGAAGGCCAUCAACGCCACCUACAGUCUGCUGUGUGCCCAUGACCUGGACCAGCGCUGUACCCGUCCUGACGUCCGGGCCAAGGUGGCCACUCUCUACCUCCCCCUGGUGGGCAUCAUCAUUGACUCCAUCAACUACCUGGACUUCACAGUGUCCGAGGCUCGCGGAGGGAAGAGCAAGACCGGAGGGUCAGACGAAGACCCCGACAACAUCCCGCCCAUUAAUCAGUCUAUUGCUAUGGCAAUCGCCGGCAAUCCCUUCAACACCUUGGCGAGGAAUGCCCUGGCUUCCAUGGCGUCUGUGCAGUCUGCUAAGGCAGUGGCCACCCUGUCGGCAGAGACCAGCCGUAACCUGCUGCUGUGUUUCCUGUGGGUAAUGAAGAACGCUGAGAGGAGUCUGAUCCAGCGCUGGACUGUAGACAUGCCCUCAGCACAGCUCAACAGACUGCUAGAACUACUCACCAUCUGUGUUUCCUGCUUUGAGUACAGGGGGAAGCGGAGCAGUGAUAAGGUGAGCACGCAGGCCUUACAGAAGUCCCAGCAGGCCAAGAUGCAGCUGGAAGACUCCCUACUGAGGGGCAUCGGAGCCCGGGGGGAAAUGAUGCGACGGGCUGGAGGAAGUGACCGUGCAGGUCAGAGAGUGAACCUGCGCUGGAGAAAAGACCUGACACAGUGGAGGCAGACCAAUGACAAACACGACAAAACCAAAGCAGAGCUAGACCAGGAGGCUCUGAUCAGUGGGAAUCUGGCUACCGAGUCCAACCUCAUAGUCCUGGACCUACUGGAGACCAUAGUACAGGCUGUUCCAUUGGCUGACUGUAAGGACAGUGUUGUGGGCGGUGUGUUGAGGGUGUUGCUACACUGUCUCACUUGCAACCAGAGUACAACCUUCCUGUCUCACUGCUUCAGCACACUGCGAGCACUCGUCGUCAAGUUUGGUGACCUGUUGUUUGAAGAGGAAGCCGAGCAGUGUGCAGACCUGUGUCAGAAGGUGCUCCAGCACUGUAGCAGUCCUGUGGAUGGAAAUAGAAGCCAGGCCUGCGCUACCCUAUACCUCAUCAUGAGAUGCAGCUUCAGCUCAGCCAAUAACUUCUCCCGGGUGAAGAUGCAGGUGACUAUGUCUCUAGCCUCUCUGGUGGGGAAGUCCGAGGACUUCCAUGAGGAGUACCUCCGCAGGUCCCUACGCACCAUACUGGCCUAUGCAGAGGAGGACACAGAGAUGCAGAACACACCGCUGCCCUCACAGGUGGAUGAGCUGCUGAGGAACUUAAACAGUAUCCUGUCAGACACGGUGAAGAUGAGAGAGUUCCAGGAAGACCCAGAGAUGCUCAUGGACCUCAUGUACAGGAUAGCGAAGGGUUACCAGACGUCUCCUGACCUGAGGUUGACCUGGCUGCAGAACAUGGCGGAAAAACACAAGAACAGGAAGUGUUUUACCGAGUCGGCCAUGUGUCUGGUCCACGCUGCAGCCCUGGUGGCUGAAUACCUCAGCAUGCUGGAGGACCACAAAUACCUACCUGUGGGCAGUGUCACCUUUCAGAACAUCUCUCCCAACGUGCUGGAGGAGUCAGCGGUAUCAGAUGACAUACUGUCCCCAGAUGAAGACGGUGUCUGUUCAGGACAAUACUUCACCACCAGUGGUUUGGUGGGCCUACUGAAGCAGGCUGCAGAACUCUUUAGCAACGGUGGUCUGUAUGAGACAGUGAAUGAAGUGUAUAAGAUCAUUAUGCCUGUUCUGGAGGCUCACAGAGAUUUCCGGGAGCUGGUCUCUACUCACGAGAAACUCCAGAGAGCCUUUGACAACAUCAUUCAGAAGGGCCAUAAGAGGAUGUUUGGUACAUAUUUCCGGGUGGGUUUUUAUGGGGCCAAGUUUGGAGACCUGGAUGAACAGGAGUUUGUUUACAAGGAGCCAGGGAUCACCCACCUGCCAGAGAUAUCCCACAGACUGGAGAACUUCUACAGUCAGUGUUUUGGCGAUGCCCUGGAGAUGAUCAAAGACUCCAAAGGCAUAGACAGAAGCAAACUGGAUGCUAACAAGGCCUACAUACAGAUCACCUACGUGGAGCCCUUCUUUGAUGACUAUGAGAUGAAAGACCGCCUGACCAACUUUGAGAAGAACUUCAACUUGCGUCGCUUCAUGUACACCACGCCCUUCACAAAGGCCGGGCGGCCGCGUGGUGACCUCAACGAGCAGUACAAGAGGAAGACCAUCCUCACCACUAUGCACACCUUCCCCUACAUCAAGACACGCAUCAACGUCAUCCAGAAAGAAGAGUUUGACCUGACUCCCAUUGAGGUGGCCAUCGAGGACAUGCAAAAGAAGACCAGGGAGUUAGCGGUAGCCACACACAGGGAGCAGCCAGAUGCUAAGAUGCUCCAGAUGCUUCUACAGGGCUCUGUGGGAGCCACCGUCAACCAGGGACCGUUGGAGGUGGCCCAGGUCUUUCUGAAUGAGAUCCCAGCAGACCCCAAGCUCUUCCGUCACCACAACAAACUGCGCCUGUGUUUCAAAGAGUUCAUCAUGAGGUGUGGCGAGGCUGUGGAGAAGAACAAGCACCUGAUCACGUUGGACCAGAAGGAGUACCAGCAGGAGUUAAAGAAGAACUACAACCGUCUGAGAGAGAACCUGCGGCCCAUGCUGGAGAGGAAGAUACCCGAGCUCUACAAACCCAUCAAACCACGCCUGGAGAACAGGGAUUCCGUCAAACGGCUCAGUUUCCGCAGAGCACUGGAGGAAAACUCCUGAGACGGCCAGACAGACUUAUCUAUCUGAGGGAAUGCUCCAGAGGCCAGAGAAGAAAGGAUGCUGUAAAAGUAGAAAAGGUGGCAAAGAGAAGAGGGAGAGCAGAAGGGCGCUAGCAGUCCUCAUUCACCAUGGAAGAGCAGUACUGUACACAUGAUUACACGGAGGACUUCCAAUAAUAUCUGAAUCAAUAACACAACAUUGCUAGUUCUCUUGAGUUCUAUGAUUACUGCUAGUCCUAACGAUGCUGCAAACUACUGUGGGUUUGAGAAAGACGAGUUCAAGUUCCACAUUUAAGGGAUACUUCAGGAUGUUGGCAAUGAAGCUCUUUAUCUACUUCCCCAGAGUCAAAUGAACUUCUGGAUACCAUUUUUAUGCCUCUGUGUGCAGCUUGAAGGAAGUUGCUAGCUAGCGUUAGUUUAACUGCCAACUAGCGUUAGCGCAAUGACUGGAAGUCUUUGGUAACUGUUGGCAUGCUAGUAGAUGGUUUUCAAAGUAGCAAAAAAAUAAAACAGCAAUUACAAUUCCCUAAAAUGCUUUUUUAUGUUAAUUGGAGUGUCACCUAUGCCCAUAUUAGUUAUAUUCAAGAAUAAAGCCAAUAAUUCAUUUUUAUUGUGAUUCAUAUGAAUUUACCCUAGUGUUUUUUUUAUUUGAUAAUUUUUUUUGCCCAUUUUUCAUAAUCACAAGGUUAAAUAUCCAUGCUUAGACUGGUAGAAAUAGAACUAACCCGAAAAAAUGACAUUUUAUUUUGAAUACCACAUUUUUGAUAUGCCACGGGUACAGCACAAAAUUUGUUGCAGUUUAAAAAAAUAAAAACCUCCUGCCUUGUAUUGAAAAAAAUGCAAAAAUCUAUGAAAAUAUUUCAUUCAUGCUUUGAGAUUUGUUUUUGUCUCAGUCAACAAAACAAAGAUAUUGUAUUUUAAUAUAAAAUACUGGUGUUAUACUAUAUGAAAAUAUUUUGUUACCCUGAAUGACACUGGCACAGAAUAGGAUUCACAUCCAUUAAAUGUUAUUAGUAGUCUAUUAAUACUAUACUAUACUAUGAUAACACUUAAUCAAAGUUUAAAAGUUAAAUCAACUCCCUCUCCCUUUCUCUCUCAAACAUGUUUUGUUACUAUUUCAUUGCUAAUGUUAAUAAUAAUCAUUUUACUAUAAUUUGAGGCUGCGGCAACACUUUACGUUGCAUUAAGUUACAUUAUUACACGAUUAUUACAUGGUAGUUAAUGUUGUAACUAUGCAUUGUUACACUAACUGGUAAAUGUAUAUUCAAUGCAGGUACACAAAUGCAAUUUCAAGAUACCUACACAAAAUAGCUACAUAAAAUGCCCAUCAACCUACUUCAAUUCAAACUUGUACAGUCUCGAUAUUUCAUAAAGUGUCCCAAACGUGAAGCAGCUAUUAAUGAAUAUAAUUCAUAAUCCAUUUUGAAUCCAUAAUUGUGUGUGCGUGAUAUUAUAUUAACUAAUAUAAUGCAUGAGUUAUACAUUAACUGCAGUGCAAUAAAACAUAACUACAGUGUAAUAGCGCAACUUAAUGUUAUGUGUUAACCACCCAGCUUGAAUAUCCUAUUAUAUACUAUUAUGUUGCUGACAGUAGCAUGAAAACAAUACCUUUUGUAUUUGCAUUUAUUAUGGAUCACCAUUAGCUGCUGCCAAAGCAGCAGGUACUCUUCCUGGGGUCCAGCAAAAUUCAGGCAGUUUAUACAAUUUUAAAAACAUUACAAUAGAUUCACAGAUUUCACAACACACUGUGUGCCCUCAUGCCCCUACUCCACUACUACCACAUAUCUACAGUACUAUAUCCAUGAGUAUGUAUAGUGCGUAUGUUAUCGUGUGUGUAUGCAUGUGUCUGUGCCAAUGUUUGUGUUGCUUCACAGUCCCCGCUGUUCCAUAAGGUGUUUUUCUAUCUGUUUUUUUAAUAUCUAAUGUUACUGCUUGCGUGAGUUACUUGAUGUGGAAUAGAGUUCCAUGUAGUCAUGGCUCUAUGUAGUACUGUGUGCCUCCCAUAGUCUGUUCUGGACUUGGGGACUGUGAAGAGACCUCUUGUGGGGUAUGCAUGUGUGCAAGCUGUGUGCCAGUAGUUUAGACAGACAGCUCGGUGCAUUCAACAUGUCAAUACCUCUCAUAAAUAAAAGUAGUGAUGAAGUCAAUUUCUCCUCCUCUUUCAGCCAGGAGAGAUUGACAUGCAUAUUAUUAAUAUUAGCUCGCUGUGUACAUCCAAGGGCCAGCUGUGCUGCCCUGUUCUUUUUUUGUCCUUUUUUGUGGCACCUGACCACACGACUGAACAGUAGUCAAGGUGCGACAAAACUAGGGCCUGUCGGACAUGCCUUGUUGAUAGUGUUGUUAAGAAGGCAGAGCAUCGCUUUAUUAUAUACAGACUUCUCCCCAUCUUAGCUACUACUGCAUCAAUAUGUUUUGACCAUGACAGUUUACAAUCUAGUGUUACUCCAAGCAGUUUUGUCAUCUCAACUUGCUCAAUUUCCACAUGAUUUAUUACAAGAUUUAAUUGAGGUUUAGGGUUUAGUGAGUGUUUUGUUCCAGAUACAAUGCUAUAAAUAUUUAGGGCUAACUUAUUCCUUGCCACCCACUCUGAAACUAACUGCAGCUCUUUGUUGAGUGUUGCAGUCAUUUCAGUCGCUGUAGUAGCUGAUGUGUAUAGUGUUGAGUCAUCCGCAUACAUAGACACCUCUGGCUUUACUCAGUCAGUGGCAUGUUGUUAGUAAAAAUUGAAAAAAGCAAGGGGCCUAAACAGCUACCUUGUGGAAUUCCUGAUUCUAACUGGAUUAUAUUUGAGAGGCUUCCAUUAAAGAACACCCUCUGUGUUCUGUUAGACAAGUAACUCUUUAUCUACAUUAUAGCAGGGGGUGUAAAGCCAUAAUACGUACGUUUUUCCAGCAGCAGACUAUCAAUAAUGUCAAAAGCUGCACGGAAGUCCAACAAGACAGUGCACACAAUCAUUUUAUCAUCAAUUUCUCUAAGCCAAUCAUCAGUCAUUUGUGUAAGUGCUGUGCUUGUUGAGUGUCCUUCCCUGUAAGCAUGCUGAAAUUCUGUUGUCAAUUUGUUUACUUUACUGAAUGACAUUGAUGAAGCGCAGAAGUCCGGACAAAAGUUAUUAAAGUUAAAUAUUUUUUAGAUACAGUAUGUCGCCCAUUAUUCUAUAUAUUGUUGCAAACACUAACACAAUUAUGUCAUGGGUGUUCAUUUAUAUUUUUAGGAUGAAUUUCUACAUUUUAAAAACACUUUUGUCAUUCGAAUUUUAACCCGGACAGUUACACUGAAGGAUAUUUUGUCACUUUAGAGCUCAUUAACUCCCUUAAUUUAAUAGUUUGCAACACAAAUAUUUCUUGGUCAAAAGAAGGGUAAGAGUUGUGUGAUUUAAUAUUAUAUAUAUCUUUUUAUGUUAAAUUAAUGGCCUUUGGACACCAAAUUUACAUGUCUCGUCAUUGACCCAGAUACCAAUAAUUGCGCUAAAGCUAGUUAGAAUUGACUCGCAAAACUACCUCCAGCUUCUUUCAUACUAGAUACAAAGACAUAAAAAUGGUGAUAUCCAUGAGUUCAUCUGACUCUGAGGAAGUAGAUAAAGGGCUUAAUUGCCAAAAUCCCAAAGUAUCCCUUUACCCAGUGAAGUGUGUGUGUGUGGACGUGUUUAGUUAUUUUUGUGGGGACCAAAAAUCCCUGCAAGAAUAGUAAACAAACAACAAUUUGACCAACUGGGGACAUUUUAUUAGUCCCCACAAGGUCAAAUGCUAUUUUUAGGGUGUUUAAGGUUAGAAUUAGUGUUAGAACUAUGUUAACGGUUAGGAGCUAUGGUUAGGGGUUAAGGUUAGGUUUUUGGGUUAAGGUUAGGUUUAGGGCAAGAGUACAGGUUAGGUUUAGGGGUUAGGGAAAAUAUGAUUUUGAAUGGGACAGAAUUGUGUGUCCCCACAUGGUUAGCUGUGCAAGACUGUGUAUAUUUACUUUUUGUUAUUGUCCUGAUAAAUCACUCUGUUCUGACUCAUGACUGAUGAUAAAUCACUCUGUUCUGACUCAUGACUGAUGAUAAAUCACUCUGUUCUGACUCAUGACUGAUGAUAAAUCACUCUGUUCUGACUCAUGACUGAUGAUAAAUCAUUCUGUUCUGACUCAUGACUGAUGAUAAAUCACUCUGUUCUAACUCAUGACUGAUGAUAAAUCACUCUGUUCUGACUAAUUACUGAUGAUAAAUCACUGUUCUGACUCAUGACUGAUGACAAAUCACUGUUCUGACUCAUGACUGAUGACAAAUCACUCUGUUCUGACGAUAAAUCACUCUGUUCUGACUUAUGACUGAUGAUAAAUCACUCUGUUCUGACUCAUGACUGAUGACAAAUCACUCUGUUCUGACUCAUGACUGAUGACAAAUCACUCUGUUCUGACUCAUGACUGAUGAUAAAUCACUCUGUUCUCUGCGAAAGGGAAUCUGGAUUUGCCAUCGUAUGUGUACAACCCUACAGACUCUCACACUGUAAACAUGUAACUCCUCAGUUAACUCGUGAUGAUAUAUUUGUUAUAUGUUUGUUAGACAUAAUUGGCUGUGUAGAUACUCACAGAGAUUAAUUUAUUAUGAGUUCACAAAUUAGUCAUGGUACAUACAGUGCCUUCAGAAUGUAGUCAUACCCUUUAACUUAUUCAACAUUUUGUUGUUACAGCCUGAAUUCAAAAUGGAUUAAAUAUAUUUUUUUCUCACCCAGCUACACACAAUACCCUAUAAUGACAAAGUGAAAACAUGUUUUUAGACAUUUUUGCCAAUUUAUUGAAAAUUAAAUACAGAAUUUUACAGAACACUUCCCUGGGCCUUCAAUGACUUUAAAGGGAUACUUUGGGAUUUUGGCAAUGAAGCCCUUUAUCUACUUACAUAUGUAUUCACAGCCCUAAGUCAAUACUUUGCAGAAGCACCUUUGGCAGUGAUUACAGCUGUGUCUUUCUGGGUAAGUCUCUAGAAGCUUUAAACACCUGGAUUGUGCAAAAUGUGCCCAUUAUUCUUUUCAAAAUUCUUCAAGCUCUGUCAAAUUAGUUGUUGAUCAUUGGUAGACAACCAUUUUCAAGACAAGUAGAUUUAAGUCACUGGAACUCGGCCACUCAGGAACAUGCACUGGCUUCUUGGUAAGCAACUCCAGUGUAGAUUAGGCCUUGUGUUUUAGGUUACUGUCCUGCUGAAAGGUGAAUUCAUCUUCCAGUGUCUGUUGGAAAGCAGACUGAACCAGGUUUUCUCGGAUUUUGCCUGUGCUGGGCUCCAUUACGUUUAUUUUUUAUCCUGAAAACUCCUCAGUCCUUAACGAUUACAAGCAUACCCAUAACAUGAUACAGCCACCACUAUACUUGAAAAAAUGGAGUGGUACUCUGUAAUGUAUUGGAUUUGCCCCAAACAUAACACUUUGUUUUGGAAUAUUUUUAUUCUGUACAGGCUUCAUUCUUUUUACUCUGUCAAUUGGGUUAGUAUUGUGGAGUAACUAAAAUGUUGUUGGUCCAUCCUCAGUUAUCUCCUGUCACAGCCAUUAAACUCUGUAACUGAUUUAAAAUCACCAUUGGCCUCAUGGUGAAAUCUGAGCGGUUUUCUUUCCUCUCCGGCAACUGAGUUAGGAAGGACGCCUGCAUCUUUGUAGUGACUGGGUGUAUUGAUACACCAUUGAUAGUGUAAUUAAUAACUUCACCAUGCUCAAAGGGAUAUUUUAUCUUUAUUUUUUCAUUUUCUUUACCCAUUUACCAAUAGGUACCCUUGUUUGCAAAGCAUUGUAAAAUCUCCCUGGUCUUACGGUUGAAUCUGUGAUUGAAAUUCACUGUUCGACUGAGCAACCUUUACAGAUAAUUGAAUGUGUGGGGUACAGCAAUGAGGUAGUCAUUAAAAAAAUCAUGUUAAAGCCAAUUUAGUCCAAUCAACUUAUUAUGAAUUCAUAUAGGCUUGCCAUGACAAAGGGGUUGAAUACUUGAAUUCUUAAGACAUUUCAGCUUUUCAUUUGAAUUAAUUUGUACAAAUGUCCCAAAACAUAAUGCCAUUUUGACAUUAUGAUGUAUUGUGUGUGUGUGUAGGCCAGUGAUUAUAUAUUUUUUCUCUAAAUAAUCAAUUUUACAUUCGGGCUAUAACUAAAAAUGGGUGAGAAUACUUUCUGAAGGCACUGUAUAACUUAACUAAGGCCACCAACCAAACCCAAGUGGCAUAUCUGUAUUUGCACAGAGAGAAAUAAUAGAUGAAUGUUUACAGUUAUGAUAAAUUAUUUUGUAAUUUUCCUAAUGAAAAUAUAUAUUUGAGAUAAUAUACAGUAUCACUUUAGUUGGCAAUAACAAUAUUGAAACAAUUGUGGUUACUAUGACUGAAUGUGACAAAGUCAAGGCACAUAUCAAUACAGUUAAAAUACUUAUGAAAAAAUUAUGUAUUAGGAUGCCAACGUACAAUAUAUUUACUGUAUGAACAAGAUAGGUUUUCAAGUAUUUGCCCAGGCUCUUAGUCUUGUAUGUUAGUUGAUGUCAUGUUGUAGAACCUCAUGCAUUCCAAUAAAGAAAUCCUUUGUAAUACUACUGGGGAAAACUCAA